UAUACAUAUCUUGUUCUGCCAAAAUCGCCUCUCUCCCUUACUCUUGAGCACAACCAAAAAUCCCACUGCCACCACCACCGUCUGUGGCGGCCCUAUCGAUCUCUAUUGUUCGUUGCAGCAACUGAAAUUUUUUCUCAACUACAAUGGAUCCGUGCCCAUUUGUACGGAUUCUUAUAGGUAACUUGGCUCUUAAGUUUCCACCUGCUUCAAGAUCCUCUUUGUCAAGUGUAAGCUCAUGCUUUUGUAAGAUCAAGCUCAAGAAUUUUACUGCCCAAUAUGCCGCUAUCCCUCUAUUGCAUAAACAACAGCAAGAACAGAGCCAAAACCCAGAAAGCAAUUACAUAUCAAAUUCUCUGGCGGCAUGUUUUAAUCUUGAUAAGACCCUGAUCGAGAAAAUCUCAUCUUCUAAAAAACCCGAGAGUUUAAAUAUUGAGAUCUAUACGGGCGGCGAAGGGGCUAUUUGUGGCUGGACAGGUGGGAAGUUUUUAGCAACGGUGACUGUUCCACUGGACCUGAAAAAGGCAGAGUCUAGGCCUUGUGUGAUGCAUAAUGGAUGGAUUGGUAUUGGAAGGGGGAACAAGAAAGGAUCAUCCCUGGCAGAGUUUUAUUUGAGUGUUAGAGCUGAACCUGAUCCGAGAUAUGUGUUUCAGUUCGCAGGAGAGCCAGAGUGUAGCCCUCAGGUUUUUCAAGUACAAGGGAAUGUUAGGCAAGCCGUUUUCACUUGCAAGUUCAGUUUGAGAAACCCUGGAGAUCGCAAUUUGGGACAAAGGCAAUCAAUAUUAGAAAAAAGCACAUCAAGAAAUUGGCUACCUUCCCUGGGAAGUGAAAAGGACCAAUCCACAAAAGAGCGUAAAGGGUGGACAGUUACAAUCCAUGACCUCUCAGGCUCACCAGUGGCAAUGGCAUCAAUGGUGACUCCGUUUGUACCAUCCCUAGGUUCAGACCGUGUCAACCGCUCAAAUCCAGGUGCCUGGUUAAUCCUCCGCCCAUCUCUCGGCACCUGGAAGCCCUGGGGACGCCUAGAGGCGUGGCGCGAACAUCCUAAAACUAACGAAUUAGGGUAUCGUUUCGAAUUAAUACACGACACUAUCAUCGCCACCCCAACCACUACCCCCCUUGUCAAUUCCGUCAUUAGCUCCAAAAAGGGAGGCAAAUUCACCAUCGACACAACCAACAGUGUCUCCACCCCAGUGUGCAGCCCGCAUAGCAGCUGUGAUUUCGGAUCCGGAUCAGCGUCUGGUUCGUGGUCAGGAUCAGAGCUCGGAGCUGGACUUUUCUCGCAAUUCUUGUACAGAGGAUUUGUAAUGUCAUCGACAGUGAAAAGUUCCAGCAAGUGUAGCAAACCUGAGGUGGAGAUUGGGAUUCAGCACGUGAAUUGCACGGAGGAUGCGGCUGCCUUCGUGGCACUAGCGGCAGCCAUGGAUCUAAGCAUGGAUGCUUGCAGACUGUUUUCCCAUAAGCUAAGGGAGGAGCUGAGGCAGCAGGGUUAGAGUUUUGUCGUUUGACGUUGGAGUUGUUUGUCGUUUUGAAAGAUUAGAGGAUAACUGAUGAGUUGGCUCGGUGUUGGAUUUUUUUUUUUUUUUGGCCUGAUAACUAACAGCAGUUUUUGAGCUGGAGAUGUCCAUGGAUUAAUUUUUAAUUUUUUUAAUGUACAGUGAGGAAUGACAAGACAGUCUUUUACAUAUAAUAAUUCUAUAUUUUUAAA